GACAGCGGCGGGGAGAGAAAGUCCAACCUCCGCAGAUGUUCCGGGUGGCCGGGCUGACCUCCUAGGCUUAGGCUGGGACGGACACCGACGGAGCGGCCCUACUGGCCCUGCGCGCCCAGGACUCCCGGAGACAGGCCUGGCCGAGAUGCGGCUGCUGCUGCUCGUGCCUCUGCUGCUGGCCCCUGCGCCCGGGUCCUCGGCUCCGAAGGUGAGGCGGCAGAGCGACACCUGGGGCUCCUGGGGCAACUGGAGCCCCUGCAGCCGGACCUGCGGAGGGGGCGUCAGCUUCCGGGAGCGCCCCUGCUACUCCCAGAGGAGAGAUGGGGGCUCCAGCUGCGUGGGCCCCACCCGGAGCCACCGCUCUUGCCGGACAGAGAGCUGCCCAGACGGCGCCCACGACUUCCGGGCGGAGCAGUGCUCCGAGUUCGAUGGCCAGGAGUUCCAGGGGCGGCGGUACAAGUGGCUGCCCUACUAUGGGGCCCCAAACAAGUGUGAACUGAACUGCAUUCCCAAGGGGGAGAACUUCUACUAUAAGCACAGGGAGGCUGUCAUAGAUGGGACACCCUGUGAGCCUGGCAAACAGGACAUCUGUGUGGAUGGCAGCUGCCGGGUUGUCGGCUGUGACCACAACCUGGACUCAUCAAAGCAGGAGGACAAGUGUCUGCAGUGUGGGGGUGACGGCACAACCUGCUACCCCAUCACAGGCGUCUUUGAUGCCAAUGACCUCAGCAGAGGCUACAACCAGAUCCUCAUAGUUCCUGUGGGGGCCACCAGCAUCCACAUCGAGGAGGUGGCCGCCAGCAGGAAUUUCCUGGCGGUGAAGAGCGUCCAUGGUGAAUACUACCUCAAUGGGCACUGGACGAUCGAGGGCGCCCGGGCCCUGCCCGUGGCCAGCACCAUCCUGCACUAUGAGCGGGGAGCCGAGGGGGACCUGGCGCCCGAGCGGCUCCAUGCCCGCGGCCCCACCUCAGAGCCCCUGGUCAUUGAGCUCAUCAGCCAGGAACCCAACCCCGGCGUGCGCUUCGAGUACCACCUGCCCCUGAGCUCCCCCCGGCCCGGCUUCAGCUGGAGCCACGGCUCGUGGGGCGACUGCAGUGCUGAGUGUGGCGGAGGUCACCAGACACGCCUGGUCUUCUGCUCCGUCGACAAUGAGGCCUACCCCGACCACAUGUGCCAGCACCAGCCGCGGCCUGCUGACCGCCGGCCCUGCAACCCUCAUCCCUGUCCACACACCAAGCGCUGGAAGACAGGGCCCUGGGCGCCCUGCUCGGCCUCCUGUGGGGGCGGCUCCCAGUCUCGCUCCGUCUAUUGCGUCUCGUCCAAUGGGGCUGGCGUCCAGGAGGCUGCCGAGGACAUCGAGUGUGCGGGCCUGCCGGGGAAGCCCCCUACCACGCAGGCUUGCAACCUGCAGCGCUGUGCAUCCUGGAGUGUGGAGCCCUGGGGGGAGUGCUCUGUCAGCUGCGGUGCUGGAGUCCGGAGGCGGAGCAUCACUUGCCGGGGUGACGAGGGGUCUCUGCUUCAUGCCACGGCGUGCUCCUUGGAGGACCGUCCCCCCCUUACUGAGCCCUGUGUGCGUGACGACUGUCCCCUCAGCAACCAGGCCUGGCACGUAGGCGCCUGGGGUCUGUGCUCCAAGAGCUGCAGCUCAGGCACUCGGAGGCGCCAGGUGGUCUGUGCCAUUGGGCCACCCAGCCACUGCGAGAGCCUGCUGCCGUCGAAGCCUGCAGAUGCGGAGCCCUGUAACACGCAGCCCUGCCAUCUUCCUCCAGAAGUCCCCAGCGCACAGGAUGUGCGCACCAGCCCCAGGAACCCCUAGAUGCCUUUGGGCCCUCGGAAGACCCCUGCCUCAGAUGAGAAAAAUCAGUGGUGGGCAUCCCAGGAGCAACCCUCAAUUCAGGGUAACCCCAGAGGAGACCAGAGCUCCCAUCUGCCAGCCCUGGGCCCAGCCCUGUCUCCGCAGCAGUCCUCACACCAGCAGACCCUGCGGUCUGGCUCAGGGCCCCGUGACUGCAGACACAGCCCCUAUGGGUGCUGCCCUGAUGGCCACACUGCAUCUCUUGGGCCACAGUGGCAAGGCUGUCUGGGGGCCUCAUGUCAGCAGAGCAGGUUCGGGUGCUGCUCUGACGGCGUGUCUGUGGCUGAGGGGCCCCAUCAAGCUGGCUGUGCAAGGUCUUAUGGAGGUGACAACACCGGGAGCAGGCCAGGGUCGAGAGCGGUGGCUUCCAUAGCUCCCCAGGCCCAGCAGAAUGAGCCUAGUGAAUGCCGGGGCUCCCGGUUCGGCUGUUGCUAUGACAACGUGGCCUCUGCGGCCGGCCCUCUUGGGGAAGGCUGUGUGGGCCAGCCCAGCUAUGCAUACCCCGUGCGGUGCCUGCUGCCCAGUGCCCACGGCUCCUGCACCGACUGGGUUGCCCGCUGGUACUUCAUCGCCUCGGUGGGCCAGUGUAACCGCUUCUGGUACGGCGGCUGCCACGGCAACGCCAAUAACUUUGCCUCGGAGGAGGAGUGUGUGAACAGCUGUCGGGGGGCCCAACACAGGCCCCGCCGACCUGAGCCUGGGACCUCUGGCCAGAGCACACACACAGAUGGUGACGGCAGUGGUCCUAGGGGCCAGCAGGAGGCCAGCCGACAUGGGACAGGGCCCAUGGUCCAGAGAAAGCCCUUGCCUUCUGGUGGCCUCUGGUGGCGAGACCAAGAGCCUGGGCCAGGGGCAGUGGACCGCAGACAGGCUUUUGGAGAACAGCCCCGGGGCCAGGAGCUUGGGCCCAGUGCCCCUGGACUGAGCAGAGACGCAGGCCGACCGGCACCACCCUCCCACAGCUCCUCCUACAGGAUUACCCUAUCGGGCUUGGAGCCCUCUCUGGUGCAGGCAGCCCUAGGGCAGUUGGUGCGGCUCUUCUGCCCAAAUGACACCUCCUUGGACCCUCAUGCCGGAUGGCAGAAGGAUGGGCAGCCCAUCUCCUCUGACAGGCACAAGCUGCAGCCUGAUGGCUCCCUGGUCAUCAGUCCCCUGCAGGCAGAGGAUGCUGGCACCUACAGCUGUGGCAGCACCAGGCCAGACCACGACUCUCAGAAGAUCCAGCUUCGUAUCACAGGGGGUGAUGUGGCCGUGCUAUCUGAGGCUGAGUCAAGGCACUUCCCUCAGACCAGGGACCCAGCCCAGGGCUACAGUCCUCGGGACCCCAGCCGAGGUGGGGAUGCUGGGGGCCUUGGGGCCACCUCCUCCUCACACCCAUGGCCCACGACCAGGCUGCGUCUGGACCAGAGCCAGCCUAGGGUGGUGGUCGCCCAUCCAGGCCAGAGGAUCCGGCUGACCUGUCACGCUGAGGGCUUCCCACCCCCAGCCAUUGAGUGGCAGAGAGACGGGCAGCCACUCUCUUCUCCCAGACACCAGCUGCAGCCCGAUGGCUCUCUGGUCAUCAGCCGCGUGGCUGUGGAAGAUGGCGGCUUCUACACUUGUGUUGCUUUCAACGGGCAGGACCGAGACGAGCGUUGGGUCCAGCUCAGGGUUCUGGGGGAGCUGACAAUCACAGGGCUGCCCUCUACUAUGACGGUGCCAGAAGGUGACACGGCCAGGCUGCUGUGUGUGGUCACAGGAGAAAGUGUGAACAUCAGAUGGUCCAGGAACGGGCUGCCGGUGCGGGCUGAUGGCCACCGUGUCCACCAGUCCCCGGACGGCACGCUGCUGAUACACAACCUGCGGGCCAGGGACGAGGGCUCCUACACGUGCAGCGCCUACCGUGGAAGCCAGGCAGUCAGCCGCGUCACUGAGGUGAAGGUGGUCCCACCGGCGCGGGCCGCCCAGCAGAGGGACCCCAGCAGGGAGUGCGUCGACCAGCCGGAGCUGGCCAACUGUGACCUGAUCCUGCAGGCCCAGCUCUGCGGCAACGAGUACUACUCCAGCUUCUGCUGUGCCAGCUGUUCCCGGGUCCAGCCUCACGCUCAGCCCACCUGGCAGCAAGGAUGAAGGCUAGCUCCAGCCCCAGUUCAGAAACGCUCACAGAGCUGGGGAGAAGGGAAGACAGGCUCUCGGUCUCCCCUCCCUGGCUGGCAAAGAGAGUUAUCCUCUGGAGACACUGGUCUGUGCAAAGCUGCCCCAGCUGUUCAGCCUCAGCAGCGGUCGGCACCUGCCUCUCUGUGGUCCCAGCUGUGUUUGCAUCUCUGACAGAACCACAGGUGGCUGCGGAGUUGUCAAGGAUCUAUUUGAAUAAGGACACCCUUUACUUUACAACUUCCCUUUAUAAUUUGUUAUACAAGAUCCGUUCACUGUGUUUUAAAGCAUGUUACUAGGGUUCUCACUUCACUUAAAGCUGGGUGGGGAGGUGUGUAACGAUUUCAGAGUUUAUACCUAUCUCUUAACAGGAACACUAACUCCUUUUGUGUCAGGGAAGCAUUUUUUGCUCGAACUAGAUCUCAACUGGGGUCCAAACAAUGGCCCAUUAUUCGAGUCUCUCUCACCCUUCCAGGCAGUCUAGCAACCAGCUUCAAAUCCCAUCUGUGUGUGCAGUUAACAACGUGACGUUCGUGACAGCUCUCAGCAAAGUGGAAUGUAAUAUAAGGCUCAGUAAAGGGAUAUGGGAUGCAUUGGUAUCUGAGCAUGGAAGAACUAGAGACGCUCCCUCCUUUCAGCGGGAGGUGGCGCCCUCCUCCUGAGGACUGCCUCCCACCUGCAUGGAGCUGAAUGAUGGGCCUGCUCUGCACAGUGGCCAGCGAGGAGGAGCCGCUCUGCCUCAAGCAGGAAUCUGUGAAGCAAAGUAUUUGCUGCCAGAUAAAAACUAGAUAUUAAAAGCAGCACCAGCAGGGGCUCAGGGGGAGGGAACAAAUGGAGGGGAGAGCAAUGUGGUAAGAGGGAAGUGGAUUCAGAAAUGGUUUGAGUUGGAAGUAGUCAUUCUCCAUCUCUCAGAGCCUCUUCGUUCCUUGCUGCUAAAACAAGAGGCCUGGUUUCAGUGAGCUUCCGAGUUCCUUUUCAUUCUGAUCUUCUAGAAACCCUCCAGAGGACUGGCUGGGCCUAGUAACAGGGGAUUCUGGGACACAGGAAAGACAGGCAUUACAGAAGAAGGUGACUUUUAUUACCAACACACUGGCUGGGAAAGAGACAAGCUGCAUCAUGGGUGAGUGACAUUUCGUGGUCUGCCUCUCAUUCCACAAAACAUGGGCCAGGGGCAGAGGUCUUCUUUUCUUUCCAUCCCCUUUCAUUCCCCAUGGCUGGUUUUGCUAUAGAAGUUGGAAAGUAGAGGCCACUUUGUUAUAGUCCCCCAUUCUCUAGUUAAAGUAGUAUUUGGCUAAUUGAUGACACACCUCAGAAGGUAAGUUUGAAGUUAGCUCUUCUUAGAAGUAGGCAUAGAAUAGUGGGUUGAAGUUAGAGGUGAGAGUAAAAAUCUAGACCAGUGGUUUUCAACCCUCUUCCAUACUGGGGGCUUUUAAAAAAAACCCGCACCUGGAGCUCUACUCCCCUGAGGUUUUGCUUUAAUUGGUCUGGAGUACAGGCCAGGCAUGUUGAUUUUAAAAGCUCCCAGAUGAUUCUAACGUGAAUCCAAAGUUGAAAAGUCACUGCUCACCCCAGACUCCUCAGAAUGUGGAUCUUGUUCAAAUGCAGAUUCUGACAACCUGGUCUGGGGUGGGGCUGAGGGUCUGUCCCUCUAACCACCUGCCAGGUGAAGUCCACCCUGCUGUUCCAGACCACACUUUGAACAGCAAGAAUCUGACAGGAGAGAUGUGCUUCAGAACAACCAAAGCCUAAAGUAUAAAUACAAAUAUGAAUUUUAAGAACAUACUAGUCCUAGUAAAAGAUUCUCUAGCCAUCAGACUACUAGCUGCAGCAGCAGUGGGUGGAGAGAGAACACGGCCAAAAAAAA